GGCCAUGGCGGGCCGGGGCUGCGGCUGCGGCCCGGGCCACCUGAACGAGGACAACGCGCGCUUCCUGCUGCUCGCCGCGCUCAUCGUGCUCUACUUGCUGGGCGGCGCCGCCGUGUUCUCGGCGCUGGAGCUGGCGCACGAGCGGCAGGCCAAGCAGCGCUGGGAGGGGCGCCUGGCCAACUUCAGCCGCCGCCACAACCUCAGCCGCGACGAGCUGCGCGGCUUCCUCCGCCACUACGAGGAGGCCGCCGAGGCCGGCAUCCGCGUGGACAGCGCCCGGCCGCGCUGGGACUUCACCGGCGCCUUCUACUUCGUGGGCACCGUGGUGUCCACCAUAGGGUUUGGGAUGACCACUCCAGCGACGGUAGGAGGGAAAAUCUUUCUGAUCUUUUACGGCCUCAUCGGCUGCGCAAGCACCAUCUUGUUCUUCAACCUCUUCCUGGAGCGCCUCAUCACCGUCAUUGCCUACAUCAUGAAGUCGUGCCACCAGCGGCAGCUCCAGAGACGAGGGGCCCUGCCCCAGGAGAGCCUGAAGCCCCCGGGCAGGUGCGAGGUGGAUAGCCUGGCCGGCUGGAAGCCUUCCGUGUACUACGUCAUGCUGAUCCUGUGCGUGGCCUCCCUCCUCAUCUCCUGCUGCGCGUCGGCCAUGUACACCUCCAUCGAAGGCUGGAGCUACUUUGACUCGCUCUACUUCUGCUUCGUGGCUUUCAGCACCAUUGGCUUCGGGGACCUUGUCAGCAGCCAGAACGCCCAGUAUGACAGCCAAGGCCUCUACCGCUUCGCCAAUUUCGUGUUCAUCCUCAUGGGCGUCUGCUGCAUCUACUCCUUGUUCAAUGUCAUCUCCAUCCUCAUCAAACAGUCCGUGAACUGGAUCCUGAGGAAAAUGGAUGGGGGGUGCUGCCAGCAAUGCCAGAGGAGACUCCUGAGGUCCCGGAGGAACGUGGUGAUGCCGGGCACCGUCCAGGACCGGGGCGACAUCUCCAUAGACACGGAUGGGGUGAUGGAAAGCGACACGGACGGGCGGCGUCUCUCAGGGGAGAUGAUCUCCAUGAAGGACUUCUUGGCCGCCAACAAGGUCUCGCUGGCCAUCCUCCAGAAGCAGCUGUCUGAGACCGCCAACGGCUGCCCGCCCCAGGCCAGCGUGCUGUCCCGGGAUAACGAGUUCUCAGGGGGGGUGGGGGCCUUCGCCAUCAUGAACAACAGGUUGGCGGAGACCAGCGGGGACAGGUAGGGAGCCGGGAGCGGCCGCUGGACAUGGAGGUCAGGAGAGUGGACGAUGGGGGGAAUUGGCACCCGGCUCAGCUCUGUGCCAGGGCGGGUUCCCUCUGGAGCUGUCCUGUGACCCUCUGCAGGCCCAGCCUUAGAAAGCUGUGCUCCUCAGACACACAGCCACCUUCUAGGGCUGCAGACCGAGGCCAUGAGGCCCUUCUUGUCUUGACUCUAUAAGGUGUGAACUCAGUCUUGAGAAUGAAUCACAGAGGCAGCCCAAGACAUUGCACUGUUUUUUUAUUCACUUCCUCCAAGGUUUUAACUGCCUAAGGGAAGGGAGGCCUCAAGUAAGGCUCCAUUUCCCUCUGCUCUGUUCUUCAUUUGGAAAUAAAAAUCCUGAUCGGGAGAUCCUCGUUGUCCCCUAGAACCCUGACUGGCUGGACUCACUGCCCUUCGCAGCCCCUUCAGAAAAGUGAGGGGAUGUUUCAGAAUGUGUCUGGGCCCUGGGCUCCCUUCAGAGCAGAUGUGUCUAUGUGCGGUGGAUGAGGAAAUCACCCGGUCUCUCUCUGUGUGUGCUUCUCUGCCUUUUGUUUUUCCUUUCUUUUAUUUUUAAGAUCCUAAUCCUGGGCUAAGGAGUCUGUGGGACUCGGCGUGGUAAAAAGAAAACUAAAUUCAGCUUCAGGCCUUUAAGCUGCAGCCAAGUAGUGGACAGACUCAUUUUUUU